CCAUCUCCAGUUGAUUACCUGUAUUAUUAGUUCUUCUUCUGAUCUGAAGGUCUCUGAAAAGUAUAUCUGUUACUUCUGGUGCUUGGCUCUUUAAAUUUUUAUAUAUAUCCUUUCGAUGAGUGGGAACGUUACAUCCGGAUCCGGAGGAGCUGGAUCGGCUGACGCUUCAGCACUCAGAAGGAACUCAAAGCGACCCAAGUAUUCAAAAUUUACUCAACAAGAGCUUCCAGCUUGCAAGCCGAUACUCACUCCAAAAUGGGUGAUCUCAGCAUUCACAAUUGUCAGCAUAAUCUUCAUCCCCAUUGGAGUUGCUGCUCUCCUUGCUUCCCAGGAUGUUGUUGAAAUUAUCGAUCAGUAUGAAACAGAUUGCUUACCGCCAACCUCCAGAGUCAACCAGGAUGAACAGCUCAAGUUUAUAAAGAGCGAUAUAAAUAAAACCUGCACUAGAACACUAACAGUGCCAAAGAAUAUGAAGCAGCCUAUUUAUGUAUACUAUCAACUUGAUAACUUCUACCAGAAUCAUCGAAGGUACGUCAAGAGCCGAAAUGACGCACAGCUAAUGAACCAUAAGAAUGCAAAUGAAACAAGCGGCUGUGACCCUGAAGCCAGUGAAAAUGGUUCUCCCAUUGUGCCCUGUGGUCUUAUUGCUUGGAGUUUGUUCAAUGACACUUACGACUUCUUUCUCAAAAACCAGCAACUACUGGUAAAAAAAACGGGCAUUUCCUGGAAGAGCGAUAGGGAACACAAGUUUGGUAAAGAUGUUUACCCCAAAAAUUUCCAGAAUGGAACCGUAAGAGGCGGUAAAUCCCUUGACUCCAAUAAAUCAUUGAGUGAGCAGGAGGACCUUAUUGUCUGGAUGAGAACUGCAGCUCUCCCAACUUUUAGGAAGUUAUAUGGGAAGAUAGAGGUGGAUCUCCAGGCAAAUGACACUAUACAAGUGACACUGCAGAACAACUACAACACAUACAGUUUUAGUGGAAAGAAGAAGCUUGUACUUUCCACCACUAGCUGGCUUGGAGGAAAGAAUGACUUUCUUGGCAUUGCAUAUCUCACAAUUGGAGGGUUGUGCUUCUUUCUAGCCAUGGUCUUCACUGUCGUAUACAUCGUUAAGCCAAGGCGACUUGGAGACCCCUCGUAUUUGUCAUGGAACAGAAAUCCUGCAGGACGCUAAGGGACUUAAUCAGAUGGGUCAUCCAGUUCCGUAUGUGGGUUAAUUUGCUAUUUUGUGUACUGAGAAAUCUAAAUGGCUUUAUCUGUAAAGUGUGGGUUACUAAUAUUCAAUCAUUCCAGUAAUUGGGAGUUUGAAUUUUGCAAUAGAGACAUGCAUACACUGCUUGUAUAAUUUCAGGAAGAACUUUUUUGAUAUUGUCAUUCUUUACAAA